AUGACCCUGAGGGGAGUCUUCCCCGCACUCCUGCUGCCCCUCGUCCUGCUGGUCACUGGUAUGGCCCUGGCCCGAGGGGAGUCGCGCUAUGAGAAGUUCCUGAGGCAACAUGUGGACGCCUCUGACCCCAGCCCUCCAGAUGCCCGGCGAUACUGCAACCUCCUGAUGCGGCGCCGGGACAUGGCCACUGCCCACAAGUGCAAACACGUCAACACCUUCAUCCAUAGCAGUGCUGACCAGAUCGAGCCCGUCUGCAGGGACGGCGGGGAGCCGGCUGAAGGAGACCUGCGCCUCAGCGAAGACCCCUUCCCCCUCACUGUCUGUGAGCUCCAAGGAGGAUCUGAUCCGCCUGACUGUGACUACAGUGGGUCCAGUAGCACCAGCAGAAUUGUCAUUGCCUGCGUCGAUGGGGAACCAGUCCACUUUGAGACACAGGUUGAGAGCCAGGCAGGGGAGGGGGAUGAGCCAUGA